AUUGAUAAAAAAACUUCAUUGGUCAUGAAGCUAGUGAUAUUCUCUUUUCUUAAAGAGACAAAUUUCUUGAGAAAAUUAAAACCAAAUUCUUCCAUGUCAAAUAAUUUUAGAUGGGGGCAAUGAGUGAGGUUGGUUGCUAAUAAACAAAGGAUGAUGUUGAUUGCUAAUGAAAAAUUAAGUUACAAGACUAUUUAAACUACUAAGAAAUACUAGCAUGACCAAGUAUCAUCAACCUUAAGAGUUAAUACAAGUAAUUUCUCUCCUUAAGGAUCUAGCUAUCAUUAUAUCUAUCAUGGAAUUGACCUACGUAUCAUCCUCAGAUUUUUACAUAUAUACGAUGGAGAUAAUGUGAAGGUCUCUUUCUCGGGUCAUAAUAAAAUAUGAAAAAUAAAAAGAUCAUGUAUAAAUGGUCCAUAUGUAGUAAGUAUGUGCAUAACUCAAAGUCUAAUUCAAUUCAAGUUGUGUUGUUCACACUUGGAAGCUUACUCAUUCUUCCUCUCCACAAAGACAACACUCCAAUUAAUGGCUGCAAACGAACCUUCACAGUUUGAGAGUAGCGAGAUGCUGGCUACGUUCUUGAUUUCCACGCCUCUCUUGCCGGAGUCAUGGAGGCUAUGCAGUCAGGCUAACACCUCCGCCGCUAACCUCGGCAGUUUUGUGGUGGAGCGUGUUGGCGCCGUCGUGUAUGUAGCUUUCUCCGGCGUUCAAAUGAUCGGAGGAUCAGAUCCGAGUUGGAGAACGUUGGUGCCGUUGGAUAGCAUCGGUGGCGUGCCGCUGUUUUCGUCCCGUCGGAAUAAGGAAGUGAAGAAGGCGGUGAUGGUUCACGCCGAGAUGCUGAAUAUCUUUUCCUCCCUUUUCAACUCAAUCCAAAAUCAGGUGUUGGGAAUAUUGGAAAAAACAGACACAAAAUCAAUUGUGAUCACUGGCCAUUCCAUAGGAGGAGCUACAGCAUCUCUAUGCACUCUUUGGCUUCUUUCAUACCUCCAAUCCGUCUCUUCAUCAUUACCAGUAAUGUGCAUCACUUUCGGUUCGCCAUUACUUGGUAACAAAUCUAUUUACCAAGCCAUUUCCAAAGAAAGAUGGGGUGGAAAUUUCUGUCAUGUAGUAUCAAAACAUGACAUAAUGCCAAGAUUGCUAUUUGCACCUAUUACAACACCCCUCACUCCUCGGCUAAACUGCUUGCUCCAGUUAUGGCACUUCUCAAUGGCUUCACCAGAAUUUCAAAAACUUGCUGUUCAAGUUUCUGACCAAGCGAAAUCUGAGUUGUUCACUGCUGUAUUGGAUUACUUGGAAGCUGCAACACAAAAUAAAGAAUCUUCAGGGUCAAUUUUGUUUCAUCCUUUUGGAAACUACUUAUUUGUUUCAGAUGAAGGAGCUUUGUGUGUGCAUAAUCCAAACACAAUUGUAAAGAUGAUGCAUUUGUUGCUUUCAACUAGUUCUCCAUCUUGCAGUAUUGAGGAUCAUCUUAAGUAUGGAGAAUAUGUUAACAGACUGUCUUUGCAAAUGUUGAAUCAGAAUAACUCUAUGCUGACGAACAUUCCUAACUCAAGCUAUGAGGCAGGGCUUGAAUUGGCCAUCCAAUCAUCCGGUUUAGCAAACCAGGAAUCUGCUGUCAUACCUGCAAAAGAAUGUCUAAGAUCAGCAAGGAGAAUGGAUCCAUCACCAGCUCUGAUUGCUGCAAGGCUAAGAAUAUCCUUAGCCGUGCUUAUACCUAUAAGAGCCCAAAUAGACUGGUACAAAACAUGGUGUGAUGCACAAGAUGAUGAAAUGGGCACCAGAGGCACUUCCAAAAGAGAAAUGAGAGUCGACAGAAACCGUAUCAAACUUGCUAGAUUUUGGGACAAUGUGAUUUACAUGUUAGAAAAAGAUGAGCUACCUCGUGAUUUUGUAAUUAAAGCCUUUCGGAUUUGUUCUCAAGGGUUAUGAUUGUGUAUAAACUUUUUUAUAUGCUUCGCAA